AUGAGCAUCUCACAGUUUCCUCCAUCUGCCUCUCCAUCUCCGGCGUCUUCUUCGCGAUUGCUGGCUUCUUCAUCUCCAUCUCCAUCUCCGGCGAGUUCAUCAUCGUCGAUGAGGCUAUGGAGACCGGCUGCUCAGCGGAAUCUUAGGAACCAGUGGUCAAAACUAUCAACUUGUCGGCAACAAUGGGUCGCCGCUUGUUCUGGAGGAAGAGCUCACGCUACUUCGCUCGUCAAUUCAUAUCUGUCCCAAAAGUAUAUCCCAAUGAUGGAAUUUGGUGUGUUAUGUGACAUGUUUGAUAUCAAAAAGAAAGCAUUGAAGAAGCUGUUUAUGCAACAGAGUUCUUAUCGAAUCAAGCUUUUGUCGUCGUACAAGGAAAUGGUAGCUGUUGUUGUUGAGAUGGUAAAUGCAAGUAGAUCUCUGAGAUGUUAUAUGAAGACGAGUAGCGGGUCACUUAUUCAGUUUUCCGGCUCUAACGAAGAUUCAAAUGAUGCUGGAGAUUGCGGUGGGAUCCAUGUGUUUAAUUUUUGGAAUGUCUCUGCAUUUGAGGCGAUGGCCGAGGAGCUUGUGGAUAUGUUCAAACGCGAAAUAAUGCUAAAGAGAUUACUCAUAAUGGAACUGGCCUCUUUAAGCUGUGAAGAAGUUCCUCAACCGGUCAAGCUCAGUUGGUCAGCUGAACUUUACAACGGGGAAUUUGAUGAUCUCUCCAACUGUUCGUUAUAUUCCAUAGAAGUAGCUGAGCCAAUUCUCCCUAGACUGAAAGAAGAUAAUCUCGUUAUUUCUUUUGUAUCACAGACCAACCAGCCAACCGCAGAAAUUUUGCAGAUGUACUUGACAACUUGGCUUGCAGAGGUAAACAUUGACACACAUAGGAUGGAUGAGAUAUUAGCGAUGGUCGGGGAAGAAAUUAGAGUCACCUUCUAAAGUUUGAUUACUAUUCCUCAGUGCAGCUUCUGGUCAAGUUUCAGUGAGUUUAAAGCAUGACUGGUUCUACAAAGCACUCAACGACUUGAGAGAGAGAAAGAGAGAGAGAGAUCAUUAGAAUCUUAGCUGUGUGAAAACAGAAAACUGACACCUAUUACUGCUAUGCUUUGUUUGUUGGAGGAAUUACCUUCUGGGACUUGUCAUGGGUAAUUCUUCUUUACUAAGUAUACAUAUGGAUUUGACUUACAAUAUUCGUGAUGAUGCAUACAUUAACG